CAAUUUGAAACAGCGCAAAAACCCCCCCGAGGCGGAGACCUCAGUCCUCUCCUCCACCGGACUGAGUUCUCGCUGCACUGAAACGUUCGCUCGAUUCCAGCCGCGAAUUUGAAGCCGUCCGAUUCCGAUUCCGAUUCCGACUCCGACUCCGAUUCGAAGCCUCUCCCCCCAAAUCAGCAUUCCUUUCGAUUUGGGUUCCGGAGGGAAGCAGACAUUCCUAUCAAAUCAACAUUCAAUUAGAUUCAUCCGGCGGAGGGAUUCGUUUCCUAGGGAUUCAUCGGGAGGGAUCGGAGCCAUGGAUCUCCCUUCACAGAUCGAUGAUUGCAUCAAGGAGUCGAUCAAUUACUCGCUAGGCCUCCCUGUAUCGACUCAGACACUCGAAUCAAAGCUUCGAGCCUCCGAGGAGGCUGAGAAGGGUCUCCGUGAUCAGUGCUCGCUCCUGCAGUCCAAGUUGAAGGAGAAGGACGGCCUCGUCGAGCUCGCUAGGGCGGAGGCGAGUAUGAACGCGCAGGCGUUGAAGAAGUUUGUGGAGGAGAACCAGAAGUUGGCGGCAGAGUGUGGUAACCUGUUGGCUCAGUGUAAUCGAUGGGAGAGGGAGUGUUCUCUCUAUGAGAAUGACAGGGAGGCGUUGAUGGAUUUUGGGAACGAGGCGGACGAGCGAACCAAGGAUGCGGAGGCUAGGGUGCAGGAGUUGGAGGAGGUAGUGGAACAAUUGUCAGACGAGUUGCAGCGCUACAAGCGGAAAUUGGACUCCUGCCAGGAUGACGGGACUGCAGUCCUAGAAGAGAACUUACUCGAACCAGUUCUAGAAAUGUUGGUCAAGAAAGAUGAAUUCGCAUCUGCUCAUGCUUUCUUGGAAGCAAAUAUUCGGCAUGAAGAAUGUCGAAAAUUGUUAGAAAUGUGGAAUUGCUUAAGUCCGAAAACGCAGAAAAUUCUGGCUCUGGCUGCGGAAGUGAAGUCCCUAGAAAAAGAGAAGGAACUUCUUAGGAUCAAUCUUCACACAGCCGAAGAAGAGGUCAAAGUGCUAUUUGAUGAGAACAACAUUUUGGAAGCAGAAAACAAGAGGUUGCUACGACACUAUCGCAAAAUUUUUGGUUCCGGUGAGAGAAGUGCUGAUACUGCUUCUUCUGCCAAGUCCCACAAGAGAAAAUCGAGCACCAAGGUUUGUAGUCCAGUUGAGAAGAGAAUUGAUUUCAACAAUAUGGAACCAGCAAGAUCGCCACUCUCGCCUAUAAAAUGUAACUCUCCAGACUUUAUAGUUCAGAAAUGAAGUCGAUGUACAUCCUAUAACAGUUACCCUUUUGUGUACUCGGGCAUAUUGCUGAUACCCUGGAUGUCGAUAAGCAAUGUCAUGGAAGAUUUGGACGUAGGGUUCUAACUUUCUAGGACUAGCAUUUUUUCGUUGUCAGAAAUUCGAAUGUAGAGCUUGUAGCAAAUAUUGUGAUCUUUCUUUUCAUUGGACAAGUUACAUGGAAGCUUGAGAUGUAAAUUUCAGCUCCUCAAUUAACCGAAUAAUUCAAGAAGUUCAAUUGCUUGA